UAUCGUGUUAUUCCUAUUGUAUGUGCCAGUGUGUUUCUCCUUGGAGACCUUGGAGUAAAAGACAUAGAUUAAUAUUGUAUAAAGUGUUCCGUGGUUUCGUGUUUUAUGGUCUGUUGUAAAACUUUUUCGAAAAAAAAAAUUCGAUUGGGGUCUGUUAAGAAAUAACCUCGUUAUAUUAAUUCUAAAUAAUAGUAAAAAAAUAUAUUUUCAUUAUAUUUCACCAGGCUAUAGAAAUGAUUAAAUACCUUAAUUGAUAAUAGUGUUAUUACAUUGGGUAUAUGAUCAAUCAUUAACUUGCGAUAGUGUAAACGUCGGUCGCUACAUCAUCGUUCCAAAACAUGGGAAUUUUAGAAAAGAUAUCUGAAAUCGAGAAAGAAAUCGCUAGAACACAAAAAAAUAAAGCCACUGAAUAUCAUCUGGGUCUUUUGAAAGCCAAGCUUGCAAAAUACCGCUCUCAGUUGCUCGAGCCAUCGAAAAAAGGUGGUGACAAAGGCGAAGGAUUUGAUGUACUGAAAUCAGGAGAUGCUAGAGUUGCCUUAAUUGGUUUUCCUUCAGUUGGUAAAUCUACCUUGCUGUCAACGUUAACACAUACACAUUCUGAAGCGGCUAGUUAUGAGUUCACAACCCUUACUUGCAUCCCUGGUGUUAUUGAAUACAAAGGUGCCAAUAUACAACUGCUUGAUUUGCCUGGUAUCAUUGAAGGUGCUGCCCAGGGUAAAGGCAGAGGUAGACAGGUGAUAGCUGUAGCUAGAACAGCUGACUUGGUGCUUAUGAUGCUGGAUGCCACCAAGCCAUAUGUGCACCGCCAAUUACUGGAGAAGGAACUGGAGAGUGUAGGCAUAAGGCUCAACAAGCCUAAGCCUAAUAUUUAUUUUAAGGUUAAAAAAGGUGGUGGGUUAUCAUUCAACUCGACAUGUCAACUCACAAAAGUAGAUGAAAAAAUGGUUCAGAUGAUAUUACAUGAAUAUAAAAUAUUUAAUGCAGAGGUACUAUUCCGCGAGGACUGUGGUGCUGACGAACUGAUUGACGUGAUCCUAGCUAACCGUGUGUACCUGCCCUGUCUUUAUGUGUACAAUAAGAUAGAUCAGAUCUCCAUACAAGAAGUGGACCGUAUCGCACGAGAACCAAACUCUGUUGUGGUCAGGUGGGCGCUAUAUUUCAAAUUAAAACAAAUUUAGAAAUAAUUUAUCAUAGAAAAUAUCACUUGCUGUUUGAUGAGUUUUUUCUAGCAUAAAAGUAUAUUCUAUAAAUAAUAUUCUAAAAUUUAGUUCGUGUUGUUAAGUAAUUUUUUUAUUUAAUUUUAAUCUUUUAAUAUUAUACAUUUGGUGAUUACAAAACUAUCUAAAAUACACCUCUAAACAUUGAAUAUAUUACGGUAUUUCAACGUACAAUUUCCAUCAGUGCAGCUGCAACAUGAAACUGAACCUCGACUACCUUCUGGAGACGCUAUGGGAGUAUCUGUCGCUGAUACGAGUCUACACAAAGAAGCCGGGACAACCGCCGGACUUUGACGACGGACUCAUCCUCAGAAGGGGCGUGACCGUAGAGCACGUGUGCCACGGCAUCCACCGGUCGCUGGCGGCGCAGCUCAAGUACGCGCUGGUGUGGGGCACCAGCACCAAGUACUCGCCGCAGCGCGUCGGCCUCAACCACACCGUCAACGACGAGGACGUCGUGCAGCUCAUCAAGAAGUAACCACCACACCACACCACACCCAUCCGCCAGCCAGCCCGACAACAGCCCACCCGCCAGCCAGUCCGUCAACUACCCGCCCACCCGCCAGCCAGCCCGUCAACCGCCCAUCCGCCAGCCAGCCCGUCAACCGCC